CCUGGAUCCAGGAGGUUUCUGCUGUGUUCCUUGGCAUAGAACUUUCCAAAGCCAUUCAGACCACCUGGGACAAGGACAGCCAUGGGCAACAGCCCUGGAGGUUUCCAGGGAAGCUGUAAGGAUGUUCUGAAUCUUCUCUGGUACAGAACAAAGGAAUGUGGAUUCUUCAAACUGUACUUUAAAAGUCAACUUGCAGUACUAGUAAAAAGAUGAUAAAGCUAGAUGCUAAUCCUUACAUCAAUCAGGUCACUAUGCCUGGAGCUCAUUUGCCUUGCAAAUAAUCUAUUGUUACAUGCUGUGUCCCUUCCUACUCAAAUUACUAACUCCACCCCAAAAAAGAACUUCUGUUGAAACUUCUGUAGAAGAGACAGAUCCUGCUCCUGAAACCAUGGGGCCUGUCAGCUACUCAUCAGAGACCUAUGACUUGAGCCAGGUGGAACUGAGUGGGUACUACGAAGCUGAGAACACCACCCCUUCUUUGGAGGGCUACUUUUGCUUCAACCCAGCCUCAUCAGUGGUCGGCAACCAGAGAGACCCCUUCAGAAAGGUCUUCAUGCCCCUCAUCUAUCUGCUGAUGUUCAUGUUGGGGACUGUAGGCAAUGCUCUGGUCCUGGUCAUUUUAGAGAGGUUCAAGCGGUCUCGCACCACCACGGAAAACUUCCUUUUCCAUCUCACCCUGGCCAACCUGGCACUGUUGCUUACCUUCCCGUUCAGCGUGGUAGAGAGCUUGGCUGGGUGGGUAUUUGGGAAGUUCCUCUGCAAGAUACUCAGUGCUGUCCACAAGAUCAAUUUCUACUGCAGUAGCAUGCUGCUGGGGUGCAUCGCGGUGGACCGUUACCUGGCCAUCGUCUAUGCAAUCCACACCUACCGCAAACGCAGAGCUCACUCCAUCCAUCUCACCUGCACGGCUGUCUGGCUCUGCUCACUGCUUCUGACUUUACCCGAUCUCAUCUUCAUGGAAGUCUGGACAGACGACAGCAACCGCAGCAUUUGCUAUUUUCCAGAGGUUGGGAUCGAUGGCAACAAUGCCUGGCUGGCAACUCGCUUCCUCUACCACACUGUGGGCUUCUUUGUGCCCCUGCUGGUCAUGUGUUAUUGCUACAUGGCCAUUGUCCGGGUGCUCUGUCAGUCCCAGCGCCUGCAGAGGCAGAAAGCUGUCCGUGUGGCCAUCCUGGUGACAGGAAUCUUCCUGCUCUGCUGGAGCCCGUACCACAUCGUCAUCUUCCUGAACACACUUACCAAGCUAGAAGCCUUCACCAAGAACUGCCUCCUGGAAGACCAGCUGGACACAGCCAUCAUGGUGACAGAGGCCAUUGGCUUCACACACUGCUGCCUCAACCCCAUCCUCUAUGCCUUCAUUGGAGUAAAGUUCCGUAAUGACUUCUUCCGGAUCCUGCAGGAGCUUGGCUGCAUAAGCCAGGAGACCCUGCAGGAGAUCCUGGAGGUGACAAGGAAGGGUAGUGGGAUUGAUUCCGAUAACACCACCUCCAUCUCCACCUUCUAGCUGGAAAAGGCUGCCUGCAGGACAGAACUGGCCUAGGGCUUUCCUUCCUAGUGGCGUACUUGCUGUGGUCUCAGUUACAAGUUUCACAAGGAUCCCCACCACUUUUCUUUGCUCCUCAGGAAACAGGUCCAAUAGCCACUGAACACCCGAAUCCCAUCAGAUACCUUGCCUGGCUCCUCCUGGUUCUCGUACCUGUAGAGAUCUGCCUGGCAGCUGUUGGUGAAUGCUGGCUGUCCAGUGGUCACUCUCGUGGGGCUGGAUGAACCCAAGUGGGUUGAACUGACACUCCCACCUCUCUCUCAAAACGGUGACUCUGCAGGCAUCCUGUGCAUGAAGCCAGGCACAAGACUGGGGUGCCAGGGGCAAGGAAAAAAGUGCAGCCAACUAAGCUAAGCAGGUCUCCAUUUCACAAGCUCAGGUUGGUACAGACACGCCCAAAGGAAGCAGCAACUGGAAAGAGAGAUGCAGGUAGGACUGAUGGGGGCUGUAGAGCUCAAUCGCAUAGCAUGGGCGUACAGUGCUGAACACUCUCUGACUGCAACAUUGUCCUCCUGCUGCAUGACAUCCCCCCCAGCCAGCCAUGACACAUUCACCUGCCCGACACAGCUCAUGCCAGCAGGUCCUCCCACAGACUUACAGAUUUGACUGUCACAGACUCCUUUCCUGACACCAGUUGCAUCUUUCCCCACUCAUUUGAUCUGUUUUACUGCUGUUAAGAUCUUCUGUGAGUGGCUGCUGAACUGACUGCCUGACUAUGCAAAAGUUUUCCUUUAAGGAAAAACACCAUUUGAAGAGAUGGCUUCUGUCUUGUGACCCUGCACAGGGGACAGAAACCACACCGCUUUGUAAGUGUGAAGGUGUAACUUUUCUUUCAGCUCACUGUAUGGUAAUUUGUGGGUUCUGAGAGCAAGGAGACCCACUGCCCCAAAGUAAGGAAAAGAGCUCGUUUGCAUAAUUUCUCUUUGUUUUUAGAGAGGCGAGAGGAAAUGCAGCAUUUUGCUUUGCACUGUGCUUUCUGCUAUUUUUC